AUUUGUAGUAUUAUAUACAGUGCAGGUAGAAAGAGAGAAAAGGCUUUCAGAUCUUACCCGUCUUCUCUUCCUCUCUUCUCGUCCCCGCUCCUCUCAUCUUCUUUCAACCAAAAAAGCACCAUGAGGAUCAGAAAGAACAUGAAAAUCACUCACCAAGCGCUGCCCCAAUCAUCAUACUCAGCCACAACUCCCCUGCAAGCUCACAUCUGUCAGCUCAACCAAUCUCCCUGGGAUGUACCUCCUCCAAAUACUUCAUCUCCAUUAUUUCAGCUCCAAGAACACGAUAGCUUCUCAGGAAAUGGGCCGUGUGGAGAUAUGAAUGGGCCUUUAGAGAGUGUCGUGAAAUUAUGUCGCGACAAUGGCAUUGUCGAGGAGGAGGAAGAAGGGAAGUUAGAGGAUGUUAUUAAUUAUUGUUCGAAAACGGAUGAAAAUGGGAAUUGGAUUUGUGGGUUAGAAGCUAAACAAGGAGGAACAUUCUGUGAAUUUCAUCUCAGAAGCUAUGUUGCUCUUGCUCCGCACGUUCUCCAUCCAGUUAGCAAGAAUAGUACUACCAAGUCGGGCAAAAAUAAUGGAGCCAAAAAGGCGAGAAUCGAAGAGAAUCCAUACCAAUCUUUUAGCUAUUAUUCUGGGUUUGGACCCAACUGGGGAAAAAAGAGAGCAAGUCGAGAAUCAAGCAAAACCAGUGAAGUUGUGGCAGCCCCUUUGUCGAAUGAUGCUGAAGAUAUAAGCGAAUUUGAGUACGAGGAUGAUGAUGAAAGCUUGAUUGACAACGGAACGAAGAGAGUUAGGAAACGAAUUAAAGCAAGGUCACUCAAAUCACUUAUGUGAAUUUCACUUGUAUGUGUGUUUUUCCUGGUUCGUUUUUCUGUGGUAGUAGUAUGUUGUGAUUGUUUUAUUUAUUUCAGGAAUGUGUAGUGUAAUAGAGUACUAUGUAACAAGAUUUACUUUUAUUUUUUAUCUUGACAAACA